AUGGGCGGCACCGCCUCGAAGGGCGGGACGGCGUUCCCUGGGCGCUGCGCCUGCCGGAAGCCGGCGUCGGCGGCCACGCGCAGGAUGGCAAAACCGAGGGGGACAGGUGCCCGCGUGCCAGAGAGGAAGGGCAGAGAGCUGGAGAAGGCGUCCGCAGCAGGGGCACUGCUGGCAGCUGCAGCCACGGGCCCCGAGGAAGUGUGCCCCGAGGGAGGAGGCGCGUGCUUGGACCCGGAGCUGUCCCCGGAGGAGAAGAGAGUCCUGGAGAGGAAGCUGAAGAAGGAACGGAGGAAGAAGGAACGGAAGCGCCUCCGGGAGGCGGGCGUGGCCCCGGCCCAGCAGCUGCCAGCCAAGCGCUCCAGUGCCCAGCUGGCCCUGGACUACCUCUGUGGCUGGGCCCAGCAGCACGGGAGCUGGAGGUUUCAGAAGACACGGCAGACCUGGCUCCUGCUGCACAUGUACGACAGCCACCAGGUUCCCGACGAGCACUUCUGCACCCUGCUGGCCUACCUGGCGGGGCUGAAAGGCCAGGCGCGUGAGCUGACCGUGCAGAAGGCCGAAGCCCUGAUGCGGGAGCUGGACAAGGCGGGCGCCGGCAGCCCAGACCGCCCCCUGCUGGAGAAGACACGGCGCGUCCGGCAGGUGCUGCAGCUGCUCUCCUAGGUGCCGGCCACCGGGGCCCCUCCAGCCAGGGCAGGCCGGGGGCUGCCAGGCACUGGGUCCCUUCUUCCUGGCAUCGCCCCUAGAAGGGCCACCGUGCCCUCUCGACCCCACUGCAGCAGGACGGGUCCCUGAGUACCUGCAGACGCCAAUCCUGGCCCCAGCUUCCCUCGGGCCCCGCGAGCUGCUUGGGGGAGAUGCCACUUUUCCUCAGGGCGUCAGCAGUUUGCCAGAGCCGAUUCCCGCCAGCGGGGGCACCCCAGGUUUGGGCCCCGCAUGUCGGUCUGGUGGCCACUAGCCUGCCCACUGAGCCCGGGCUGUGCUGUCCACCUCACACCGCCCUGCCCAGCGACCAGAAACUGGCUGCAUCUUUAAUAAAGCGGCCACACGGCCAUGGCUCU